AUGGAGAUUGACGAUUCCGGCGUGACACCGGCCAUUUUCCGCCAACUGCACAUCAAACUCCCAACCCCUACGUUUAGGGAGCCGGCGCCAGAAGACUGGGGUGACACCAAACCGAGCGACGACUGGCUGGACGAGCACUCUGGGGGCUUCCUCCUCAUGCAGAAUCUGAAACCAAGCUAUCCGAUGGGCAAGUCGAUGCUUGUUCAAAGCAUCGGCACGGGCAAGCUCUUCUACGCGGCGCCAUCACCCCCCGAGCUGCGCUUCUCCACGUUGUACGACCCUCACGUGGAGGCCCAGCUCCCGGACGAGCCAUACUUCCCCAAGUUGCACGCGUAUGGGUUGCCUCAGGGACGGAAAGAGCCGUACAAUAAGAUCCGACUGUCAGACGUUUAUUCGCUGUACUUCCAACACUACAACGGCGGGACUUUGAGCAACCUGAUGGAGAUGUACAGCGACCGGCGGAUCGGUGGGCCUGUCCCGGAGUCAUUCAUCUGGCACGUCACGGAGCAGCUGUCACGGGCCAUCCUGUAUCUUCACUGCGGAUACACGCGUGAGGACCUACUCGAGCUCUAUUAUCCGGACAACACAAAAGGCAAGGGCAAAGGAACCCGCAACCUGAACUGGCGGUCGAUUAUCCACCGGGCUAUCACGGCAGACAACGUGCUCCUGAACUUUCCCGAUGGCGACGACCCUGUCGACCGCUGCUUUCCGGACAUCAUCCUUGAGGGCUUCGAUAAGGCCGGAUUCAUCGAUGAUAACCGUGAGAAUUGGGCCCAGAACACCAUCACCAACCGCGGCGAGGAGGUUGAGAUCGGCCCUUCCAGCUUUGAGGAUAUGCACCUGUUCGGGGAGCUCCUGCGUCGGCUGGUGACGGUCUCCGACUUCGGGAAGAACAAGUGGGCGAGCCGCCUGGACUACGACGUUAAUGUGGAGGGGAAGCUGUCGCCAUAUCUCUCGAACAAUCUAAAGCUGGGCGCCGGCCAGGAGCCCGCUUACUCGGACGACCUCAUCAAGCUGUUGAUGAAGUGGGAACUCCCAGCACUCCAGAAGGGCGACGGCGCCCGCUAUCCAGACAUUGGAGUGCAUACAAAGAUUAAGAGCGUGUUCUUCCUCAGGGAUGAGGUCCUUCCAAUUGCGAUGAGGAAGGUCGCCGAGUAUGUCGACAAGUGGAACGAGGACCCGGUGUUCGACAACCCGGUGCCCGAGAGAGACGAUAUCGGGGACGUGUCCUGGGUCAAGCCUGACCCAAGCUUUGAAACGAUACCAUAUGCCACGACCAGGCACAGGGAGGACAAGAUUCUGGAACAGUAUGAAAAGGAGUUGAAGUGGUUGUUUGGUCCUUAUGUCCCGGUGUGGUACCGGUACGACGCCGUCGGAAUCACGAACAUUCACGCCGCGGCUAAGGAGUUUUACACCCCACCGACAGGGACGAGGGAGAUGACGACGAUACUGAGGAGGAAGACGAAGACGGUACCGAGACGGAAGAUCAAGACGACGGUGAAGACCAGGACGGGGACGACGGGGACGACGAGGAUGGUGACCAGAAGCAGGACAAGGCCGCUAAGGCUUCCACCUCCCAAGCGUCCACCGAAUCCGAUGCCGCGCAGGAGGCAAACCUAGCCGCAACCAGCAAGCCAACCAAAGGCAAAGCCUACGCCAGAAAUCCGCCGACCAGCAAACCCAAAGCCCAACCCAAACCCAAAACAAAAGCCUCCCCCAGAACCAAAGUCACCAAACACAACUCCCCCGGCAAACUCCCCAGCAAACCCAUCUCCCGACCGCCCAUCUCCCCCCACACCACAGCCACCCACACAGCCACACAAACCUCCCC